AGUUUACCUCUAGCGCCGGCGAACCUUCCAUCUUCAAAGUUGCCUCUUCGACAGACGAAAUUUCGAGAAUUGUAGCUUUAUCUUACGAGUCCUCUGUUGUGGGUGUUUGAGCCGGGAGCAGUCAUUUACACUAUUAUAGCUUAUUCAUAUUAAAUAUCAUUAUCACCUACAAACUCGGUACUUAACAUUUUGUAACUUUAACAUAUUAUUUUCACUUCCUAGGCCGAGAGCCAUUAGCGACGAUCCAUGGCACAGCCUGCCUAUCCGUCGAGAGCCGACAAAUGGAGCUCGCUCCUGUGGCGAUUGAAUCCAAUCCCGGGCUUCUCGGAGUAUACCGGACCCUACAAGGUCGGCACAGUCGACGUGGAGAUCCCUGUCUCAGACCUUGAAUCGCCGGCGCCGGCACCGAGUAAUGCCGCCGAUAUAGAGACGGUACAGUUCAGAAUAUUCUAUCCGGCGCAUCCGGACUCUCAGGGCAAGCGUAUAACCUGGCUACCGGCUCCACAGCGCGAACAUCUUUCUGCUUACAUCCAAUUCUUGGGGAUAAAUCCAUUACUAGCAGAAGCUAUCUCCUUCUUCCCAAGACAUCUACACUACACUUCGAUCCCUGUCGUUAAAAAUGCGCCGGUACUCGAGCCCAACACUCCGAACAAACGGUGGCCGACGGCCAUCUUUUCCCACGGCCUAGGCGGUACUAGGAACGCAUAUUCGCAGAUAGUAGGCUCGCUAGCUUCGCAUGGCAUUGUGGUGAUAUGUCCCGAGCACCGGGACGGCAGCGCCGUCGCGACGUACAUCCGCAUCCCCUCGCAGCAAGACCGGUACUUCGUGCGCAACACGCACCGCGCGGUUCCCUACAACCGCAUAGCGCACGACGCCACGGACGAGGUCCAUGCCCUGCGUAACGAUCAGCUCCGGAUCCGGCUGUGGGAGAUGGGACUGAUCCACGAGGCCAUACUGGGUAUCGACAAGGGCGUGGCCCUGACGAACCUAAAUAAGAGUACCCCUUCUCUUUCCCCGUUCGUCGACAAAUUGCACGUCCACGAGCCCGGGAGCAUCAUCUUCGCGGGCCAUAGCUUCGGCUCCUCGACCACCGUGCAGUUCCUCAAAUCCGUCUUUUACGCCGGUAGGCCCGAGCUCGAGGCCAUGUCGGAGCCUCUGUACGUGCCGUCCCGAGAGUCUUCGAUCUACAAGCAGAUCACCCCGCGCAACGUUACUAUCCUCCUCGAUAUGUGGUGUUUCCCCCUCCUUUCUAACGCCACAAAACCCCUCUUCAACCUCCCGCUUCCCGCCUACGCCGCAGACACCAAAAACCCCUCCUCUUCCUCGCCACCUCCAGGCGGCAACGCCAUCCUCGCCAUCGAAUCAGAGGACUUCUGCAAGUGGAAGGAGCACCUGCACGUGACGGCGCGCGUGCUAUCUCCCGACCCGGGGGCCCCCACCGUGCAAGCGACGGCGUUCUACGAGAACCAGGUCACCGCGUGUGCGUCGUCGGGGUCGGGAUCAUCGGGCGUCAAGCUCGCGGAGCCUUACUUCUUCUUCGUCCGGCGCUCGGCGCACCUCUCGCAGUCGGACUUCGGCAUCCUGUUCCCGCGCCUGACCCGCCGCGUCUUCGGCUCCGAGAACCCCGAGCGCGCCCUCCGGCUCAACCGCCGCGCCGCCCUCCAGGUCCUCCGGGCCAACGGCGUUCCCGUCGCGCGCACGUGGGUGGGGGAUCUGGUUGACGGGGCGGAGGGGGGGAAGGAUCUAAGAGGGGGAUUAGGCGAGAGUAGGAGGAGGAGGAGGAGGAGAAGAAGAAGAAGAAGAAGAAGUGCGGCUGCUGUUGAUAGCAAUAGCAAUAGUAAUAGUGAUGGUGAUGCGACGGAUAGUCUGGAUUUAAACGAGCCCGAAGUCGAAAGUGGAGAUGGAAGUCCCGGAGCGGAAGUCGGGGGGGAUAGAAGUCCCGAAGAAGACGAAGACGAAUACGACGAUGAAGACGAAGACGAAGACGACAAGGCCAUCUUGGAUCGCAGCGGCAACGAGACCGUGGACGCCUGGUGCUGGAUCGACAUCGUGGGUAUGGGCCGGGUGGUCGUGGACGACGGCGAGGUCAAGCCGGACACCGAGGCGGCCGAGGAGCAGGAGCCGCGGAUGGCGGACGUUAUCGAACCCCGCCCGACGGGGGACGACGUGGCGGGGCGAAAUGCUGGUGCAAAUAUUGUAUAGCGCGGUUGAUUGACAUUGAGGAUUGGGCGUUAGGUUAUAUCUGAAAAUACAUUUGUACUUGCUUAUUCCAUCGGUAAAGCGGGAAAGGUCGGAGCCAGGAGAAAACAGAAAAGAAGGGGGCAAUGGGGUUGAGGUUGGUAGACUUGGAACCGCUUAGAGGAAGUGUUGGUGGGAUUCAGAUUACGGCGUUUUAUUUAAGAGAGCAUCAUUACAGCGAGGGAGGCUAUAUUGUGUAAAACUACCUAAGGUAGCUUCAUAAGACAUCUGACAAGAGUUAAUGAG